CAAAGUGACCCAUUUCUCACACCAGAAAACCUCAUCUCUCCCUCCAUGGCUUCUUUACUGGCUAAUGGUAGUUCAAGAUUUACUCCACAAUCACCCAUAGAAACAUCAAAAACCCUAAAAGCUUUUACUCCAAGAAUCGAAACCCCAAAAUUUCUAAUCCCCAAUGUAAGGUUUCCCAGAAUACGUGCAGAAUCACAAACAGUUGACCAAGCAGCUUCAUUAACAGGUAAUAAACCUUCUUCAACCUCUAACGAUGCAAUCGAUAAAUUUCUUAAAAGAGAUUAUAAAUGGGGAUUUGUAUCAGAUAUUGAAUCUUUUUCAAUACCUAAAGGAUUAUCAGAAGAAACAGUUAGGUUUAUUUCUGCGAAGAAACAAGAACCUGAUUGGAUGCUUGAAUUUAGGUUAAAAUCUUAUGAAAAGUUUUUGAAGAUGAAAGAACCUAAUUGGUCAGAUAAUAGGUAUCCAAAAAUUGAUUUUCAGAAUAUGUGUUAUUAUUCAGAACCAAAGAAGAAACCCACUUUGAAAAGUUUAGAAGAAGCUGAUCCUGAGCUUCUUAAAUAUUUCGAAAGAUUAGGGGUUCCAUUAACUGAGCAGAAUAGGUUAGCUAAUGUUGCUGUUGAUGCAGUAUUUGAUAGUGUUUCCAUUGCAACCACGCAUAGAAAAACUUUAGAAGCUAAGGGUGUGAUUUUUUGUUCAAUAUCCGAAGCACUUAGAGAAUACCCAGAUUUAGUCAAGAAAUAUUUAGGUAAAGUUGUUCCUUCUGAGGAUAAUUACUAUGCUGCACUGAACUCUGCUGUGUUUAGUGAUGGAUCAUUUUGUUAUAUCCCGAAGAAUACGGUGUGCCCAAUGCCAAUUUCAACUUAUUUUCGAAUAAACGCUAUGGAGACGGGACAAUUUGAGAGAACCCUUAUAGUUGCAGAAGAAGGGAGCAUGGUAGAAUACCUGGAAGGGUGCACAGCCCCUUCUUAUGACACAAAUCAGCUUCAUGCUGCUGUGGUAGAGCUUCACUGUGAGAAAGAUGCAGAGAUUAGAUACUCAACUGUGCAGAACUGGUAUGCUGGGGAUGAGGAAGGGAAAGGUGGGAUUUAUAAUUUUGUUACAAAACGUGGUCUCUGUGCGGGGGCUCGGUCUAAGAUAUCAUGGACUCAGAUUGAGACAGGCUCUGCGAUUACUUGGAAGUACCCAAGUGUUGUUUUGGAGGGGGAUGAUUCCGUGGGAGAGUUCUAUUCAGUUGCAUUGACUAACAAUUAUCAGCAAGCAGAUACAGGGACUAAGAUGAUACACAAAGGAAAAAGAACGAAAAGUACUAUUAUUUCCAAGGGUAUUUCGGCUAAAAAUUCGAGGAAUUGUUAUAGGGGGCUUGUUCAGAUACAACCAAAGGCAGAUUAUUCACGAAACAUUUCGCAAUGUGAUUCGAUGCUUUUGGGCGACCAAGCUGCCGCUAACACUUACCCUUACAUCCAGGUAAGGAACUCCAAAUCUCGUGUGGAGCAUGAAGCCAGUACCUCUCAAAUUGGUACAGAUCAGCUAUUCUUCUUUAAGCAGAGAGGAAUUGAUCAAGAGACAGCCAUCAAAGUCAUGGUUUCUGGGUUCUGCAGGGAUGUUUUUCAGAAGCUUCCAGAUGAAUUUGGUGCUGAAGUGAAUGAGCUCUUAAGUUUGAAACUUGAAGGCUCGGUUGGGUAAAUGAUAGUACUAUCUAUUACGGCGACUAACACACAUGCAAUCCUGUUCUACACCCUUUUUUUUUUUUUUUUUUUAUUUUGCUGGUUUGUUUGGUCUGGUUCUUCUUGUAUAAAUGCAUACUUAUGUUGUAUAAACCAUUACUCAGCUAAUGCUGGUAAAGAAAUAAGUUCUGCAACCAUUUAGUUUCACAUGCAUGUACUACGUAGUAUGUACCCAUGUAGUUACUUUAGGGGUAUAUUAAAAUUCCCCCCUUGUAGUUUUAAGUUUAUUCUUUUGCUAUUGUCCGCUA